AAUCUUAAGAUUCACAUGAGGAUCCACACUGGAGAGAAACCAUUCACAUGCACUCAGUGUGGGAAAAGUUUCAGCCACUUAUCACACCUUAAUUACCACAUGAGGAUCCACACUGGGGAGAAACCAUUCACAUGCACUCUGUGUGGGAAGAGUUUCAGCCAGUCAUCACACCUCAAUCACCACAUGAGGAUUCACACUGGAGAGAAACCAUUUACAUGCACUCAGUGUGGGAAGAGUUUCAGCUGCUCAUCACAGCUUAAUCAACACACAAGUAUCCACACUGGAGAGAAACCAUUCACAUGCACUCAGUGUGGGAAGACUUUCAGCCGCUCAUCAUCCCUUAAUCACCACAUGAGGAUCCACACUGGAGAGAAACCAUUCACAUGCACUCAGUGUGGGAAGAGUUUCAGCCAAUCAUCAUCCCUUAAUCACCACAUUAAGAUCCACACUGGAGAUAAACCAUUCAUAUGCAGUCAGUGUGGGAAGAGUUUCAUCUGCUCAUCACAUCUUAAUCACCACAUGCGGAUCCACACUGGAGAGAAACCAUUCACAUGCACUCUGUGUGGGAAGAAUUUCAGCUGCUCCUCGCACCUUAAUCACCACAUAAGGAUCCACACUGGAGAGAAACCAUUCACGUGCACUCAGUGUGGGAAGAGUUUCAGCAAAUCAUCAAACCUUAAUCAACACAUGAGGAUCCACACUGGAGAGAAACCAUUCACAUGCCCUCAAACUCAGUGUGGGAAGAGUUUCAUCCAAUCAGCAAACCUUUGUGAACACAUGAAGAUCCACACUGGUGUGAAAAAGUAUACGUGCUUUGAGUGUGAGAAGACUUUUAGGCAAAAGGCAGAACUCUAUAUUCACAUGAUAAUCCACACUGGAGAGAAACCAUUCAUGUGCACUCAGUGUGGGAAGAGUUUCCGCCAAGCAUCAUCACUUAAUAAACACAUGAGGAUCCACACUGGAGAGAAACCAUUCACAUGCACUCAGUGUGGAAUAAGUUUUAACUGCUCAUCAUACCUUAAACAACACAUGAGGAUCCACACUGGAGAGAAACCAUUUACUUGCACUCAGUGUGGGAAGAGUUUCAACCGCUCAUCAAACCUUGAUCACCACAUGAGGAUCCACACUGGAGAGAAACCAUUUACUUGCACUCAGUGUGGGAAGAGUUUCAACCGCUCAUCAAACCUUGAUCAACACAUAAGGAUCCACACUGGAGAGAAACCAAUAACGUGCACUCUGUGUGGGAAGAGUUUUCGCCAAUCAUCAUCCCUUUCUAAACACAUGAGGACCCACACUGGAGAGAAACCAUUUACUUGCACUCAGUGUGGGAAGAGUUUCAGCCAAUCAUCAAACUUUAAUCUACACAUGAGGAUCCCAACUGGAGAGAAACCAUUUACGUGCACUCAGUGUGGGAAGAGUUUCCGCCAAGCAUCAUCACUUAAUAAACACAUGAGGACCCACACUGGAGAGAAACCAUUUACUUGCACUCAGUGUGGGAAGAGUUUCAACCGCUCAUCACACCUUAAUCAACACAUAAGGAUCCACACUGGAGAGAAACCAAUAACGUGCACUCAGUGUGGGAAGAGUUUCCGCCAAUCAUCAAACUUUAAUCUACACAUGAGGAUCCACACUGGAGAGAAACCAAUAACGUGCACUCAGUGUGGGAAGAGUUUUCACCAAUCAUCAUCCCUUUAUAAACACAUGAGGAUCCACACUGGAGAGAAACCAUUCACAUGCACUCAGUGUGGGAAGAGUUUCAGCCAAUCAUCAAACUUUAAUCUACACAUGAGGAUCCACACUGGAGAGAAACCAAUAACGUGCACUCAGUGUGGGAAGAGUUUUCGCCAAUCGUCAUCCCUUUAUAAACACAUGAGGAUCCACACUGGAGAGAAACCAUUCACAUGCACUCAGUGUGGGAAGAGUUUCCGCCAAACAUCAUCACUUAAUAAACACUUGAGGAUCCACACUGGAGAGAAACCAUUCACAUGCACUCAGUGUGGAAUAAGUUUUAACUGCUCAUCAUACCUUAAACAACACAUGAGGAUCCACACUGGAGAGAAACCAUUUACUUGCACUCAGUGUGGGAGGAGUUUCAACCGCUCAUCAAACCUUGAUCACCACAUGAGGAUCCACACUGGAGAGAAACCAUUUACUUGCACUCAGUGUGGGAAGAGUUUCAGCUGCUCAUCACACCUUAAACAACACAUAAGGAUCCACACUGGAGAGAAACCAAUAACGUGCACUCUGUGUGGGAAGAGUUUUCGCCAAUCAUCAUCCCUUUCUAAACACAUGAGGACCCACACUGGAGAGAAACCAUUUACUUGCACUCAGUGUGGGAAGAGUUUCAACCGCUCAUCACACCUUAAUCAACACAUAAGGAUCCACACUGGAGAGAAACCAAUAACGUGCACUCAGUGUGGGAAGAGUUUUCGCCAAUCAUCAUCCCUUUAUAAACACAUGAGGAUCCACACUGGAGAGAAACCAUUCACUUGCUCUCAGUGUGGAAAGAGUUUGGCAAGCAAAAGCAAACUAAAGACUCACAUGAGGAUCCACACUGGAGAGAAACCAUUCACAUGCACUCAGUGUGGGAAGAGUUUCAGCCAAUCAUCACACCUUAAUCAACACAUGAGGAUCCACACUGGAGAGAAACCAUUCACAUGCACUCAGUGUGAGAAGAGUUUCAGCAUACGUUCGUCGCUUUAUAGACACAUGAAGGUCCACACCGGAGAAAAACCAUUUACUUGCACUCAGUGUGGGAAGAGUUUCAGCGAUUCAUCAAACGUUAAAAAACACAUCAUGAUCCACACCGGAAAAAAAUCAUUCACAUGCACUCAUUGUGGAAAGAGUUUCAGCGAUUCAUCAUACGCUAAAAAACACAUGAGGAUCCACACUGGAGAAAAACCAUUCACUUGCACUCAGUGUGGGAAGAGUUUCAUCAACUCAUCAAAUCUUAAUCAACACAUCAUGAUCCACACUGGAAAGAAACCAUUCACAUGCACUCAAUGUGGGAAGAGUUUCAGCACAUCAUCACACCUUAAACAACACAUGAAGGUCCACACUGGUGUGAGAGAGUAUAUGUGCUUGGAGUGUGAGAAGACUUUUAUUACAGCUGCAGAAUUAAAACGGCACCAGAGGAUUCACACUGGAGAUAAACCGUACAAGUGUUCACACUGCAGUAAGAGGUUUACUCGCUCAGGAACCCUGAAAACACAUCAGAGGAUUCACGCUGGAGAUAAACUGUAGACAUGAUCAGUGUGUUCUAGGGUUUGUUACCGAAACCCGGUGCCAUUAUAGCACCGGUACAAUGGUAACCGGUAUGCACCAGUAUUAAAUCAGCGUAUAAAUUUCAGUGCCUAAUUUCGGUGCUGCGGCAUGAACGUGAGGGUUGCAUGAAAAAAGGCACAUAUAGGUGUUGUCACAGCAUCACUAAACAUUUUAAUAUUCAACUCGUUUAGUUUUGACUUCAUUCAUUUUUGAUUUCUGUCUUGAACACAUGACUUAUUUACAACACGUUUUUAAACACAAUAGUUUAACUGACUCGUUUCUAAUAUCUAACGCUACUUUUUUAUGCUGACAGUCAGUGCAGAACAUUUUACUAGUUAUUUUGCAAGACAGUAUUCAGACAAAGUCUUUUUAAGUAUUUUAUAGUCUUUUAUUUAGAUUAAAGUGUAAUUUAGACUUAUCAGUUCACUA